GGAGAUCGAAAUCGGGGCCCGACAAGUAGUGACCUUCUACUCCUAAAUACUACACAUGUAAUGAUGAGUAAUAUAGAUGCUCUGUGCUUUGUACAUUAUUACAAAUAUGUAAACUAAUAUGUAUUUUCCUACCGGGUUGAUAGAAAUUUCUUGUACAGUGGUAAAUUUUUUAUCAGCAUAACGUAAUGCUCGUUAUUGCCAAACAGUUAGAUCCACGUAAAUAUGUACAUAUACGUAUGUAUAAACCCGUCAGUAAUGAUUUAAUACCAUAGUUUUCUAAUCCUAAGGGUGUACAUCGGUACAUCUUAGAAGUAUGCAGAGUCAGAAGUAAAUGGUUGUGCUAAUGUAAUGAUUUAUAUAUAUGGAAAUUAAAUUCGUGCCGUAAAAAUAGACAUGUGUGGGAAGUAUGUAUGUAUGUACAUACAUAGUAUGUACCUAUGUAAAUCUGUUAGUCGACUGAUUCUCGUCGUAAACCAGUUUACAAUUUGAUUUUUUAUGCAUUCGUCAAUCAUCACUAGAUGCAUACAUAAUUACUGUAAUACUUAUGUACAUACGUGGGUAUGUAUUCCAGUUUUAUUACAUUCUAUCAUUUCGUAAAAAUUGAUGUUCCAGGUUGUAAUCAUGACGAACAUAAUUUUCCACUUAAAAGGAAUGGGUGAAAAAACACUGAAAAAAGAAUUCCCAGCCGGUUAAGCAUGAUAUUGCGUCACGUGUAUAUACAUAAGUUUACCACAAGUGAAAUAAUUGCAUAUUCUUAAGUUUUAUCCAGUUAGUCAUUACGUACGUGGCGUGGAGGGAUGGUGAUAUUGCAAGUGUGGUAAAUUUAGUGAAAAUGGUCGCGAUUCUGGUAAUCAUGGUUAUUUGUGUGUCAACCUGCGUCCCCAAUUCUCAGGGGACACUGGCCGAUGAUGAUUUGACUCUGAGCGUCGACCAGAAAGUGAAACUUGAUGAGUUCAACGCCAUUAUGAGCUCACGGGUUCCGCAUGAGUACAUGAAGUCGGAAAUCUAUUUAGUUCCGUGGUUACGAGUAAAUGAUUUCAAUGUUGACGCUGCGACAAGGGCACUCGUCACGAAUUUUAUUUGGAGAGAUGAAAACAAAAUUGAUUCGAUUUUAGACGAAGAUUGGACCGAAUUUAAUAAAGAUUACCGUGUAAAUGUGGAAGGAUGCGAUAUGGAAGGAAAACCAGUUAUCUCCCUAUUUGUGGGAGAAUGGAACCUCCGAAGGGCCGUAGUGAGUGGUCAGUCAGACAAAAUGUUGCGCUUUGUGGAUAAAUUAUUUGAAGAAGCGGGCCUCGUCGUGAGAAACAUGCAGAAGAGUGGAAACAACAUAACGAGGGUGCAAUUCAUCAUUGAAUGUUUGGGAAUGAGUGUUCAGCAACAAUUGUGUCCAAGAUGCAUUCCCUUCCUGGUUCACAUACUUGAAGAUUCGGCCAGGAAUCCGUUGAUGUUUACAAGAUUUAUAUUUUUAAACAUACCCCAAUACGCGGUAGCUGUCUGGAACAAUAUUGUUGGUCCUUUAGCCCCGCCCGGUGUCGCGGAUCUGGUCGAGCUGCACGGAACGAAUAAGGAGGCUUGGAGGGAUAUUCUGCUUAAGAAGCAUGGAAUUGAUGUGUCCAAACUAAGCCCGGAUUUCGGAGGGGAUGGACCAGAUUCCGUGGAUUUAGAAACUAUUAAGAAAAAUGGGCAUAACUAUCAGUGUCCCAAGUAGCUUACAAAAUGCAAAAUUGUGUCAAAGAUAUGAGGUGUACAAACAAAGAGUUUUUUCCAAAUGUAUCAAUGUCUUUUAUUAUUUAGGUACAAAACCUUUGUAUUAAAUACGUACAUAUAUGCCUAAAUAUAUUCUAAAUAAAUUAUUGCGGCAUGUA